UUCAAUUUUAUUGCAAUAAAAAAUGGCAUCGUAUGGAGUUGCUCUUCAUUUUAAUCACACGCCUUCUUCUAAAUAUUUAGCAACCAAAAGUAAUUUUCAGGCUAAGGCAGAGAAGACUGUUUCGUUCGUUACGACGGAGAAACAGAAGGAGGUGUCGCUUAAAGAAAUCGGAUUGCAAAGAAACAUAGAAUCCAACAUUAUAGCUUCCCUCGCGGUGCUCAUUAGAAGAGCACCCCGAGAAAUCUUGAAGCCGCCGGAUACAAAAACGAUACGUUGGGCGGAAAUUGUUAUUGACCAAGCUAUUAUCAACUGCAGAUUCUUUACGCUCAUUCCGGUUGUGGGAACGUUGGUUGGCUCAAUUUUGUGCUUUGUUGAGGGUUGUUUCCUGAUGCUAGAGUCUUACAUUGAGGGUUUUCACAUAGUAACUCAGAAUUUGGACCAUGGGAGGAUGGUGGAAAUGGUUAUUGAAGGCAUAGAUGUGUUCCUCGUAGGAACUGCUAUGCUUACCUUUGGACUAGGCUUGUACUCCAUGUUUAUAGGCUUAACGACAUCUAGUGGGCUUUUGGCCCGUGGAUCUAAUCGCUCUACUCUCUUUCAUCCAAAGAUGCUCUCCGGUUGCUCCAAUACGAACUCAAUCCCUCGGGCAAAGUCAAGAUUAGGGCACGCGGUUGUGAUGCUCUUGAAAGCAGGGGCGCUGGAAAAGUUCAAGAACGUGCCAUUGACAACGGGAUUAGAUCUCGCUUGUUUUGCUGGGGUCCUAAUUUUCUUAUCGGCGUCCAUGUUUCUCUUAUCACAGCUGCAUCGCGGUCCAGAGGAGAGAACCACGGUUGAGCCGAACCCGCAUACGGUUUAGCUUCAUAGAGAACAUCUGACCAUCCGAAUGUUUUAACGGUGCAAGGCCAUUGUUAAAGAGAGUAUGUAGAGUGGUGUAGAGAGUUGAUACACGCUCCAUUUAUUUAUUUAUUUAUUUAUUUUAAUUUCAAAAGGCUGAUCACAUUGGAAUCGGAGUAUUCAAGGGUGUAAAUGAAUGGGUUCACCAAUUAAACCAAGUAAA